AUAUUGCUGACAUCUGCCAGUCCUGGAGGCCUCACAACUCUCAAGACCUUGCUCGAGGCUUCAACGCCAGAAAGACCGAUUGAAGCUCAGCUGUUCGAAGCUGAGGAGGAUGUCGGCGGUACCUUUCAAUACCGCUCCUACGAGAAUGCCGAGUUAGUGAGCUCGAAGCAACUCACCACCUUCUCGGAUCAUAGGCUCCCAUUGUCGACACCAGAUCACAUAUCUUUGCCACAGUAUGUAGAUUAUCUCAGGACAUAUGUGGACAAG